CCCGGGUGUUGGCUGGGGACUCAGUGCCGGCCUUCUGGAGCCUGGUUGGGGUUCUGUCUGCGGAGUUGUGGGAUCAGUGGCGGGGAAGAAUGGUUUCUGGGGGCAGAUAACAGAGCUUCGUCUUGUUUCUCUCGGUUGAUUUCGAAUCCUCUGCUCUUCGACCCCCGCAGGGAAACCAUGCCGAAACCCCGGAAGAGGCUCAGCGGGGCUGCGGGGCCAGACAAUAAGGGGCCAGCAGGAAAACGUACCAAGACUAAGAACCCAGCAGGGGCAUUAGCUGCAAUGGGUAACUCCAGCCCUGAGAAGACUUCAGCCUCUAAAAACUGUGGGAAGAAUCUAAGCAGUUACUGGCUGAUGAAGUCCGAGCCAGAAAGCCGACUAGAGAAAGGUGUCGAUGUGAAGUUCAGCAUUGAGGAUCUUAAAGCAGAGCCCAAGCAGACAGCAUGCUGGGAUGGUGUUCGCAACUACCAGGCCCGGAACUUCCUUCGAGCCAUGAAGCUGGAGCAAGAAGCCUUCUUCUACCAUAGCAACUGCAAAGAGCCAGGCAUCGCAGGACUUGUGAAGAUUGUGAAGGAGGCUUACCCAGACCACACACAGUUUGAGAAAAACAGUCCCUAUUAUGACCCAUCCAGCAAAGAAGACAACCCUAAAUGGUCCAUGGUGGAUGUACAGUUUGUUCGGAUGAUGAAGCGUUACAUUACCCUGGCUGAGCUCAAAACCCAUCACCAAGCUCACAAAACCACUGGAGGCCCCUUAAAAGAUAUGGCUCUUUUCACUCGCCAGAGACUCUCAGUUCAACCCCUGACCCCAGAGAAAAUGACAAGUGGCUCUACUUGUAUAGCUGGUGAAAAAAUGGCACCUACAGAGUCAGAAGAGCUCAGUCCUAUCCCCCUAAGGACCUGGCAUGGUGACACUUAAGAAUCUGCUGUCAUUGUCCCUACCUUCUCCACGGAACACACAUGUGAGAAUAAACUGAAUAGAACCUUGGCAUAACCAAGCACUUCUAAAGGAAAAAGUACAUUCUUCCUGAUCAGCAGCUGCAGGGCCAGAAGAACAUAAAGAUUGCUACUCCCAAAUAAUCACAGAUUCCCCAAGUAACAAAGCUUUCAACUCCAUUCAUUCCAGAUUUAAUGUCCGCUCUGGGGGUGGAUGGGGGAGUAUUGUUUUCUGUCCCAUUCCCAGUGUGUUCUGUGGCACCUGGUAGUGCUGCCCAAAGUAUCUACCCUUGGUGAAUCAAUUCAGAGAAUGAAUCAUUUUGCCAGAGCUAGAGCUAAGGAACAUAAAUGAUUAUUCUGCAUUAAUCUCUGGCUCCCGAGCAACAAAGAACACCAAUAGGAAAAAGUAGUAAAAUGUUCAAUUUUAUCUGCUAAGCCAGUACUUUUCAAGCUUUUGUUGUUGUUAUUUAAGAGGCAUAACUCUUGAGAUGUAAUCUCCAGUACAAGCUCAGUAUGUAGACGAGGCCAAAGUGGGGCUUUUCUGGGUGAAGGUGGGGAAGGAGCUUGGAGUUCCACAUACCCAGCCCUCCUUUUCCUCUUUAUUGGGAUCCACAGUGAGCAAUUAGAGAUGAGAAAUUAUAGGUGAAUAGGAAAUCUUACUUUA